GCCGGCCCCUGGGCCCCGCCCUCAGCUCGGCCCGGCCCCGCCCCGCAGCACGUGGCCAUGCCCGGCGGGGCUGUGAGCGCGCAUGCUCAGUGCAGGCCGAGCCGCCGCAGCCCGCGGGCCGUUGUUCGCGGCUGGCAGCGGCCCGCCCCGCGCGCAUGGAGGGGAGCCUGGUCCGCGCCUUCGGGGGCCUGAGCCUGCAGCCCCCGGCCCGGGCGCGGCGCCGCUUCAGCAAACGCCUCUACCUGCUGCGCGGCCUGCCCGGCUCCGGGAAAACCACGCGGGCCAGACAACUGAAACGUGAAUUUCCUGGUGCUGUGAUUCUUAGCACUGAUGACUUUUUCUUCACGGAAGAUGGCACCUAUGUGUUCAGUCAUGAUUGUCUAGAAGAAGCACACUUAUGGAACCAAAAGAGAGCACAUAAAGCAAUGAAGAAUGGGAAAUCCCCGGUUAUUAUUGAUAAUACCAACAUCCACGCUUGGGAAAUGAAGCCAUAUGUGAUUAUGGCACGUGAGAAUAACUAUGAAGUUAUAUUCCAAGAACCUGACACACACUGGAAAUUCAAUGUUCGAGAGUUAGCAAGAAGAAACAAUCAUGGUGUCCCAAGAGAAAAGAUACAGCGCAUGAAAGACCAGUAUGAGCAUGACAUUACUUUUCAUAUCGUGCUUCACUCUGAAAAACCAAGCAGAGAUGGCAGAAAUUCCAGUGGACCAAAUGCCGCUCACAAUACUGGGGCUUAUUCCAAUAUGUGUCCAACAUUCCCAAACAGAAGAACACACAGCCGCUAUACAAAUGAAAGGUCAUUUAAUAGAGGUGGAUUCCAGAAUGUUUUUCAUUAGGAUAUAAAAGACUAAAAAAAUUAACUAAUUUUACUCUCAAUUUUUGUAUUUUUCUACUAAAUCUCUAAAUCAGGAGUUAUUUCUGUUAAUUUACAAGUCUUAAAAUAUCACUGUAAUGUUGGUUUGUCAAUUAUAUACUCUGAGACCACUAAAACCAAUAUAAACUGUACACAUCAUCCCUGUCCCAGUACACCCCAGUGUUUGCCAAUUUUCCUUUGUUCAGUCAUAUCUUAACCUUCGAUUAUAAAUUUUGCAGGGUAGGUAUGAGGUUUGUCUCUUACCUGUAAUUAUCAUGAACAUUUAUGGUGCAGUGUAAAUAUUAUUUCUUCCUGUCUUCCAGGCCCAUUCUCUCUCCUUCUCCCCCAUAUACAGUCUCUCACUAACGCCAAUAACUUCUUUCUCCUUAAUUGUUCCAAAAUCCCCCUUUUCUUCAUGCUCUCCAUUGCCAAGACAUUUGUCCAUGUUGUAAUCUUUUUUAGCUUCUCUACUUUCUCCUGUCUGGCCUCAGUGCUUCUCACCUCAGGUUGACCAAUGUAAACUUUCAAUUCUUCCAUUAGUUUCCUGUCUUCUUACAGGAAAUUCACCUUACAAGACUCUACCCAACCUUCUUCCUACCUGCACCACUGUUUUCAUUUCUCAUGCUCUUCUCAAUCCUUUCACUUUUCUCCCCACUUUCCUCAAACUGUUUCAUGACGUCUCUCAUAUUGCCCCUAUUCACCCUCAUCUGCCAACCACCACCUCUCUCCUCAUUCAAACGCCUUUUUCCCUUCCCUUCAUUAAUCAUCACCACCUUCCUACCCUUUUCCUCAACUGUUGUUCUGUAUUUGUCUUCUCUUAUACUGUAAGCGCUUUAGGACAGGGAACAUAUUUUGAAGUGCAAUGUGAAUUAAUGGCAUCAUAUAAAAUUUUAAAAUAAAAUAAUACUAAUAGAAAAAAUAAAGACCUAAAUGCUAAUAAUUCCAUAUCGGGGACAUCGUAAAACCACAAGAAAAAUAGAACAAUUUACUAAAGACAGCUGAGUCAAUUGUCUUGCAACCUUACCUUGAGAAACGACCAAAAAUGUUUGCAGUUAUUCCUUUGCACAUUAUGUGGGUUUUUAAGACAUUUUAUCACAGCACUAAGAUAAUUCAAGGUAUGUUGAUAUUAUCUAAUAAUAUGACACCUAGAUAGUUGAAGACGCAUGGCCUGAUUUUUAGAGCUUCUAAUAUUACUAUUUUGUCCUCUUCUAGCUCAAUUUUUGUCUGUUUCAUCCCUGUUGGAACUAGUCCAGCAGUUCUCAGACUUUAGCAACCUGAGGAUCCCCAUUUUUAUUUAAACUUUUUCACAGACCCUCAAGCCAGCUUCUAAUUUUCCCUGGGGUUGCUCAACCCCUGCUCAGCCCCAGGCCCUGCUCCUACUCCACCCCUUCCCCCAAGACCCCACCCCCUACUCCUCCUCUUUACGCCCCCUCCACCAAGCAUGCCCCUUCCCCGCUUUUCCCCCUCCCUCCCAGCAUCUCCUGCACGAUACUGAACAACUGUUCCGCGGCAUGCAGGAGGCACUGGGAGGGAGGAGGAGGAGUUGAUCAGUGGGGCCAGUGGCCCUGAACAUGACUUGAGUACCCUUGCAGGCCCACAAAGGUCUGCGGACCCCAGUUUGAGAACUGCUGAUCUAGUCAAUAUCCUAAACUUUUGAGCUCUCUCGGGCAAGGGCACUCUAUUGUUUGUUUGUACAGCUCUUAGCACAGUGGGACCUGAUCCUUUAUUGGGGCCCAUAGGUGCUAGUGUAAUAUAAAACUAAUAACAAUUAAAUGGGGAUUGUGGAGACUCGCCUCUGAAAGUUGGGCUGUAGGGCCUUGUUUUUCAAUUUGGUGGUCUCAAGUUAGACACCUAAAUAUGGAUUUGGGAACAUUGUUUUAGGCAUACAAGUUUGAAACUGAGCAGUUAGCCUUGGGCCUCACGGUUAGCCUUGUAAUAUUAGACCAUAUGAAAUCUUUUCAUGCCUAAUCAUGCCAGGAUGGACAGUUCAGAUACACUGCACUAGUUAUGGAGUUAUCCUGCAUUUGAUGUUGUGUGUCACACAGUAUUCAUGAGGAACACACACCCUUUGUAUAAUAUUACCUAUAAGAAUUUGUGUACAGAUAUUGGGCUUUUUCUUGGUGCUUGGGUACUGCUCUACACUCUGGUUCCCGCUUUGUGGCACAUCUCUUUAGUCUUGCUAUUGUGUAAAACUUGAUUUCUCUGGUAAUCUAACUGGAAAUGCACAUUCUCUGUUUAUGUGUUGUAGUGUCUGUAGAUAUGAAAUCACUCUGCCUUGAUCUGUGAAAAAGGGUCACAAAAACAUUAAAGUAGCCUGAGAAUAGUGGGAUUAUUUACAACAGAAUAAAAAUGUAAACAGAAAAAACAAAUACAUUUUGAAGUCAUGGUUGGCUUUCAAGUUGUAUUGCUUUUCACUGUGCAAACUAUUGACCAAGUAGAGGGAUGGCUUCCCUGUCAGGUAAUCAGGAGAUGCAACUCUGGCUUUAUAAUCAAAAUAGAUUGUGAACAGAAGAGGAUUAAAAUACACACAAUGUUUGGAGGCUUAUAAAAAAAGCAAA